AUGCCCCCCAAAAAACCCGAGCCGAAAAAACCCGAACCCAAAAAGGAGGAACCCAAGGCUGCCCCGAAACCGGCUCCCCCACCAGAGCCGGAGCGCAAGGAAGUGGAGUUUAAUCCAGCCAGCAUCAAAGUGGAAUUCACUCAUGAUCAAAUUGAAGAAUUCAAGGAGGUUUUUGAACUCUUCGACCGGACUCAAAAGGGUGAACUGAAAAUCACUUACGCUCAAUGCGGGGAUGUCCUGAGGUCCUGCGGCCAGAAUCCCACCCAGGCAGAAGUCCAUAAAGUCCUUGGACGGCCAAAACCAGAUGAAAUGAACAGCAAGAUGUUGGACUUCGACACGUUCCUGCCCAUGCUCCAGCACAUCGCCAAGACCAAAGACACGGGGACCUUCGAGGACUUCGUGGAAGGACUGCGUGUCUUCGACAAAGAAGGAAACGGAACCGUGAUGGGAGCCGAACUCCGCCACGUCUUGGCAACUCUCGACAGCAGCUUCUAUUCUGUUCUCAUUUACGUUCUCUUCUAUCUCCGACAGCUGCAAUUGCUGAAAGAACAAUGGAUCCUGGGUUCUACUGGGAAAUUCCAGUGCAGUUUGUCAGACCUAAAAUCCUAG